CCCCCAGCACAGAACCCUGGAACCUGGGGGUGAAUCAGAGAGGAACCCAGGCUUGGGGCUUCUCAGAAGAAGAAACUGGUGCUCAGAGUAUUCUCAGCCUCUGGAACGCCUCGGAGAAACCAGGGGCUUCUGGGGAGGCGGAGAGCAGGCCUGCUGUAAGCUUUUCCAGCUUUUGUCAACUGAGAUGGAGGAGGCCAGGGCACAAGGACCUGAGGAUGGCUUCUAGGAGCUGAGAGCCAACCCCAGCCAGUAGCCAGCAAGCCAGUGAGACCUCCUUCUACAGCCAAAGGGAACUGAAUUCUGCCGACGUCCAGUGAAGUUGGAAGAGGACCAGAACUCCAGAUGAAAUCAAAGCCACAACUGACACCUCAAUUUCAGCUGUCUUGCCAACAUUCCACUGACCCCUGAGACUCAGCGGGACCAGGAGCGGCGGAUUCGGAGGGAGAUUGCCAACAGCAACGAGCGGAGGCGCAUGCAGAGCAUCAAUGCAGGCUUCCAGUCCCUCAAGACCCUCAUCCCCCACACAGAUGGAGAGAAGCUCAGCAAGGCAGCCAUUCUCCAGCAGACGGCGGAGUACAUCUUCUCCUUGGAGCAGGAGAAGACCAGGCUUCUGCAGCAGAACACACAGCUCAAGCGCUUCAUCCAGGAGCUGAGCGGCUCGUCCCCCAAGCGGCGGCGGGCAGAGGACAAGGACGAGGGCAUCGGCUCACCGGACAUCUGGGAGGAUGAGAAGGCGGAAGAUCUACGGCGGGAGAUGAUUGAGCUGCGGCAGCAGCUGGACAAGGAGCGCUCGGUGCGCAUGAUGCUGGAGGAGCAGGUUCGCUCGUUGGAGGCCCACAUGUACCCUGAAAAGCUCAAGGUGAUUGCACAGCAGGUGCAGCUGCAGCAGCAGCAAGAGCAGGUGCGACUGCUGCACCAGGAGAAGCUGGAGCGGGAGCAGCACCUGCGGACCCAGCUCCUGCCCCCUCCGGCCCCCACCCACCACCCCACGGUGAUCGUGCCGGCACCGCCACCCCCUCCCUCCCACCACAUCAACGUCGUCACCAUGGGCCCCUCCUCGGUCAUCAACUCUGUUUCCACGUCCCGGCAAAAUCUGGACACCAUCGUGCAGGCGAUCCAGCACAUCGAGGGCACCCAGGAAAGGCAGGAGCAGGAGGAGGAGCAGCGGCGAGCUGUAAUUGUGAAGCCAGUCCGGAGCUGCCCGGAGGCCCAGGCCUCUGACACUGCCUCUGAUUCGGAGGCCUCGGACAGCGACACCAUGGACCAGAGCCGGGAGGAGCCGGCUGGGACUGGGGGGCUUCCCUGACCACCCCCCAGCCCUCCUCUCCCUUCUUGGGGAUAGAGGGGGCCGGGGCAGCAACAGGAAUACACGCGGGCCAGCGAGUGAGGAAUUUUUACAAAAUUACAAUGUCAUUUGGGUCUCUUUUAUGACCUCUUUUUCAAUACUGUAAGUCAACCUUUGAGUGAAGGCCACCCAACCUGAGGUACUGGGGGCUGGGGUGGUGGGUGUUGUGGGAGCACCGGGACACCUGGGGCUGGGCCUCACCCGGGGGGGCUGGGGAAGCUGACACUUGAGGUGCCUGGCCUCUCUCUGCCAAAAAGCAUUUUUUUUUUCAUUAAACAUGUUUUUAAGAACAGGGAAAAUCAAAACCCCAACGUAUUUCUGCCCUCCCCAGAGCCAGCUCUGUGACCAUUAGUUUUUAACUCCCCCUUCCCUCCUCUUUUUGGUUUUCUUCUUUCUCUAAGCACUUAAUGGGUUGGGGGUCCGGCUGGGUCAGGACUCUCUGGGGGUCCGGGGUGGAAGUUGCUUCUCCGUUGGGGUUUGCUGCUGCCCUUUUGCCCUGCCCUUCCAUCCCUGCCCCACCUCAGCACUAGGAUUUGCCACUCCCCACCACCAGCUGGCCUCCACCUCUCCCUCCAGGUUUCCCAUUUUCAAUCCCCAGAAAUGUCUUUGUCUCUCUGUUCUGUUUGUUGGGUUUUUCUUUUUUCCCCCUUUGUUUGUUUUUUGUUUUUCUUUAUUUUUUUUGUUUUUUUUUAUAACAAUUUCGAGGUCUUUGUGUUCAAGGAGAGCUAUUAUAUUUUGUUAAGAAAGUGUGUGUGGGGGGAACCAAGAGGCCACCAUGCCUUUAUAAAGAAAAAAUAAAGUUUGUACUUUGUUUUUUA